AAGGUAACGGCGAAGAUGGCGAAGUCCAGCAUGGCCGGGCCGGGGCAGGGGGAGAGGCCCGGCCCCCACCACGGGGCAGGAAGGGGCGGGCCGGGCCGGGCCGAGCCGAAGCCGGGGCGAGGCAUGGGGUGCCCGCGGCGCCUGCUGCUGGUCUCCAACUCCACCCUGCACGGAGGGGGGUACCUGGGCCACUGCCAGCAGCACAUCCAGAGCUUCCUCGGGGGGAAGGUGAAGCGGGUGCUCUUCGUGCCCUACGCCCUGCACGACCGAGACGCCUACGCCCGCACCGCCAGGGAGAAGUUUGAGAGCUUGGGUUACGGGCUGGACAGCAUUCAUGAAUCCUGUGAUCCAGUGGAAGCUGUAAGGAAAUCUGAAGCAAUAUUUAUUGGAGGUGGCAACACAUUCCGUCUCCUGAAAGCUCUCUAUGACAACAGUCUGAUACAGGAGAUCAGGAAGAGAGUUCUUGAGGAUGGGGUUCCUUACAUGGGAUCCAGUGCAGGAACUAAUGUUGCUACCGUCAGCAUCAAUACUACUAAUGACAUGCCAAUUGUUUAUCCACCUUCCCUGCAAGCCCUAGGUUUAGUUCCUUUUAACAUUAACCCUCACUACCUGGAUCCAGAUGAUAAAAGCACUCACAUGGGUGAGACAAGAGAGGAAAGAAUUCGCCAAUAUCACGAAGAACCAAAUACCCCUCCAGUUUUGGGCUUGCGGGAAGGUGCAAUGCUGCUAGUGGAAGGAGACAAAGCCACCUUACAAGGAGUAACAGGAGCACGACUAUUUUUGAGGGGUAAGAAACCAACUGAACACGAGCCUGGAACAGAUUUCAGUUUCCUCCUGAUUGACAGUAAUCUCCAGAAGCUGUAGCCUCGCAUAUUCUGCAGCAGAAGUCGGCACAUGAGGAGGAAGGAAAGAGACACUUCUAGUCCUAGGGUGGGUGGCAAGCCUUAACUUUACAAAUAAAGAUAAAUAUGCAUUAUUGGACUCUCUUCCUCCA